AUGUUGCCUGCGUUUCCACGUGUAACAGGUCCGCGUGCUCGACAAACUCUUUCUCUAGCUAGGUUUGCCAGUACAAGCACCAAGGAAAAGUUUCGAGUGGUUGUUGUCGGAGGAGGUUCUGGCGGGUUGACCAUUGCCAACCAGAUAUAUGACCGCUUCAAGGCUGCCGGGAAGCCUUUGAAUGCAGGGGAUGUGGUGGUCCUUGACGCAGCAGACUAUCACUACUAUCAAACAGAUUUCAGACGACCUCUCCCGUCCUUAUUGCCGCCGCAUAUCACACACAUAGCAGAGAAUGUCAAGUCGUUCUAUCCGGAAUCCUCAUCAGUCACGACAACGUCAGGUCGGACAAUUUCAUAUGAUUCCCUUGUAGUGGCAGCUGGUUUGAAGAUAAACUGGGACGGCAUCGCUGGCUUGCCACAGGCUCUCGCUGAUCCUUCCUCUGGAGUCUCGUCAAUAUACUCCUAUAAUACCUGCGACAAAGCUUGGCGCGACAUAGAUGCUCUCAAGUCCGGAAAUGCUAUCUUUACCCAGCCUGCAGGCAUCAUUAAAUGUCCAGGAGCCCCGCAGAAAAUCAUGUGGAUGGCCUAUGAUAGAUACCAGAAAUCUGGUCGAGGAAAUAAUAUCAAGAUCGACUUCAUGAACGGCAUGCCAUCCAUGUUUAGCGUCAAGAAGUAUUCGGAUGCCCUGAACGCCCUGCGCAUUGAGCGGGGUAUCGGAGCAGAGUUCCAACAUAACUUAAUCUCCAUCGAUGCGGCAAACAGGAAAGCAACUUUCAAAAAGCAGGAUGGCUCGACCGUGGAUCGUGAUUUCACCCUCAUGCAUGUCACGCCGCCGAUGGGACCGCUAGACUUUAUUAAAGAAUCGCCCAUCGCUGACCCGGCUGGCUGGGUAGAAGUCGACCAGGAAACUCUCAGACAUGUCAAACCGGAGUUUGGAAACAUAUUUGCCUUGGGUGACUGCUCCUCCCUGCCCACUAGCAAGACGAUUGCUGCCAUUACGUCCCAGGCCCCUAUUUUAACGGAAAACUUAUUUUCAGUUAUGGACACCGGCAAAUUGAGCGGUGCCAAGUAUGAUGGCUAUACCAGUUGCCCGCUUUUGACGGGAUAUGGGGAAUUGAUGCUAACGGAGUUCAAGUAUGGAUUUGUGCCCAAAGAAAGCUUUUCCAAAUACCUAGGCGAUCAGGUGAAGCGGAGAAGAUUAUUCUAUCACUUCAAAAAGGAUCUUUUUCCUUGGGCUUACUGGAGCCGUAUGGUUGACGGAAAAUGGUUCGGACCUUCGGGACCAUUCCGUCCCAAGUUUGCAUGAUGUUGACAUUAAGGAGUUAUUGAAAAUAAUCAUA